AUGGGGCCCAAGAAGAAGGGAGGCAGGAGACAGGACGACGACUGGGAAGCCGAGCUGGGCGAGACCAUCCCCGGCGCAAAUGGCGAGCCCGCGGAGCAGAAACCAGCCGACAACAACGAUGACGACGGAGAGAUGGGCGGCGGUCUUCUGGCCGCGCUGAGGAAGAACAGGAGCAAGAAGGCCAAGAAAGGGAAACUGGUCGAGGAUUUCGUCGAAGGCGAGGAUCCCACCCAGCAGGACGCAAAUGGCAGCGCCGUGGAUCUGGACAGCAAGCAGCCACAGGAGGCCACGUUCGACGACGAGGAUGUCUUCGCCGGAAAGCCAAAGAAGGGCAAGGCUGCCGACAAGCCCGCUCCAAAGGAAGAACCGAAGGAAGAUGCGGGUGCGGGCGAAGAGAUCAGAGUGAAAUCCAAGAAAGAGAAGGAGAAAGAGAAGAAGGAACGAGAAAAGCAGCGGAAGAAGGAACAGGCCGCUAAGAAGAAGGCUGCUGGUCCAGCUGCACAACCUAAACCUGAGCCAUCCAAGCCCGCACCCGAAACCAAACCUGAACCUGCUGCCGCUCCUGCUCCCGCUCCUGCUCCGGCACCAGAACAGCCUGGCAAAAAGAAGAAGAUCCCUGCGCACCUGGCCGCGAUCCAGAGGCAACAGGAACUGCUGAGGAAACAGCAGGAGGAACAAGAGCGGCUCUUGGCCGAAGAGCGGGCGAGAGAGGAAGAGAGAUUGCGCAAGAUUGAGGAAGAGGAGAGGCGCAAAGAGGAAGCUCGUCAGCGUAGGAAAGAGAAGGAGAGGGAGAAGAAGGAGCAGCUGCGGAGAGAAGGUAAACUGCUCACGAAGGCUCAGAAGGAAGCCAAAGAGCGCAAUGAGCUGCGCAUGAAGCAGAUGCUGGCUGCUGGUGUGGGUAGAGUGGCCGGCUUGGAGCAACAGCAGGCACCGGAGGAGAAGAAGAAGCCGGUCUACGAUAAUCGCAAGAAGAAGGGCCCUAAGAAGCAGGACGAAGUGGACCUCGAGGAAGCAGCCGCCCGGGCGCAGGCAAGGCGAGAGGAAGAAGAGAGGCGAAGAAAGGAGGAAGAAGAGAGGCGAAGAAAGGAGGAGGAAGAGAAGGCCAAGAAGGAGGCGGAGGCCGCGGCAGAAGAGAGUGACGACAUUGAAGACGACUGGGAGAAGGCCGCGGACGCCGCUGAAGACGUCAAGGACAGCUGGGAUGCUCCUUCAGAAGAGGAAGAAGAAGAUGAUAAGGAAGUUGAGAAAGAAGAAAAGAAGGCAGCAGCCACGGCCAAAGAGCCCAAUGGAACGACCAAUGGAGCGCCAAAGGCGCCUGCAGCACCAGCGAAGGCACCUGAAAAGGCACCUACAGCUCCGGCUAAGGCUCCGGCUAAAGCGCCGGCCAAGAAAGAAGAGUCGUCCGAAGACGAGUCGGAAUCAGAAUCUGAAGAGGCAGCCACAGCCGCUCAGAAAGCUGCUGCUCAGAGGAAGGCCGAGGCAGCAGAGCGACGACGGAAACAGCACGAGGAAGCCCUGGCAGCUCGGUCAAAGGACAACUUGCGCUCGCCCAUUUGCUGUAUUCUGGGUCACGUCGAUACCGGAAAGACCAAGCUUCUGGACAAGAUCCGGCAGACCAACGUGCAGGAGGGCGAAGCCGGUGGUAUUACGCAGCAGAUCGGUGCCACUUACUUCCCUGUCGACGCUUUGAAGCAGAAGACUGCGGUGGUCAACAAAGAUGGCAAAUUCGAGUUCAAGAUCCCCGGUUUGCUGAUCAUCGAUACACCCGGACACGAGUCCUUCUCCAACCUGCGUUCGAGAGGUUCCUCUCUGUGUAAUAUUGCUAUUCUGGUGGUCGAUAUCAUGCACGGGCUGGAGCCGCAGACCUUGGAAUCGUUGCGACUCCUCCGAGAGCGCCGCACGCCGUUCAUCGUCGCGUUGAACAAGAUCGACCGUCUUUACGGAUGGAAGAAGAUCGACAACAAUGGCUUCCAGGAGAGCUUGGCCAUGCAGAGCAAGGGUGUUCUGAACGAGUUCCGGACGCGUGUGGAUCAGAUCAAGCUCGCUUUUGCCGAGCAAGGGUUCAACUCGGAGCUGUACUGGGAGAACAAGUCGAUGGCGCGCAACGUCUCGCUCGUGCCGACCUCCGCCCAUACCGGCGAAGGUAUUCCUGACAUGCUGAAGCUUCUGACGAUGCUGACCCAGGAGCGUAUGACCAACUCUCUGAUGUAUCUGUCCGAGGUUGAGUGUACCGUUCUGGAGGUUAAGGUUGUCGAGGGUCUUGGUACUACGAUCGACGUUGUUCUGUCCAACGGUAUCCUCCGGGAAGGUGACCGAAUAGUGCUGUGUGGUUUGAACGGUCCUAUAGCGACGAACAUACGAGCACUAUUGACGCCGGCGCCGAUGAAGGAGUUGCGUCUGAAGUCGCAAUACGUGCACAACAAAGAGGUGAAGGCGGCUCUGGGUGUCAAGAUCGCGGCUAAUGACUUGGAGCACGCGAUCGCCGGUUCGCGUCUGCUGGUCGUCGGACCCGAUGAUGACGAGGAAGACCUGAUGGAAGAAGUCAUGUCGGAUCUGGAGAACCUGUUAAACAAGGUGUCCAAGGACCAGCGGGGAGUCAGCGUGCAGGCAUCCACCCUAGGAUCCCUCGAGGCUCUGUUGGAUUUCCUCAAAGUGUCCAAGGUCCCAGUUUCCAACAUCUCGAUUGGACCUGUGUACAAGCGUGAUGUGAUGCUUGCGGGAACGAUGUUGGAGAAGGGAUUCAAGGAAUAUGCCGUCAUGCUCUGCUUCGACGUGAAGGUCGACAAGGAGGCGCAAGCGUAUGCGGACGAAGUCGGCGUCAAGAUCUUCACGGCGGACAUUAUCUACCACCUGUUCGACGACUUCACCAGGCACAUGGCGCAGCUGACAGAGCAGCGCAAGGAGGAGACCAAGAUGCUGGCGGUGUUCCCGUGCGUGUUGAAGACGGUGGCAGUGUUCAACAAGAAGGACCCGAUUGUCAUCGGUGUGGAUGUCAUUGAGGGAGUUCUGAAACUGAACACGCCGAUUGCGGCUGUGAAGCAGAACGCAACCACUGGGGCUAAGGAGAUUAUCCAGCUGGGGAGAGUGGUAUCCAUUGAACGCGACCACAAGCCCGUCCAGGUGUGCAAACGGGGCCAGCCGUCCGUGGCGAUCAAGAUCGAAGGCCCCAACCAGCCCAUGUACGGGCGCCAGCUGGAGGAGAAGGACACGCUAUACUCGGCCAUCUCGCGGGCGAGCAUCGACACGCUGAAGGAGUUCUACCGGCCCGAAGUGUCGAUGGAGGAAUGGGCACUGAUCAAGAAGUUGAAGCCGGUAUUUGACAUUCCAUAA